CAAUGAGAUUGCAGCGUGGGAGCUUCAACUUCAAAACAAAUGAAACCCUGUUAAAUAAAUUGAUGUAAUUUAGUUCACGUUGUACGAUGAAUUGAUAGUUUGUUCCACUUCUGUAAUGGAAAAGAAGCAGUGCAAGGUAAAAGUGGUGAUCCGUGUGAGGCCACCAUUAGUCUCAACUGAGAAAAUCUCUGUUAGCACAAAAGACAAUCAUGUGCAGAUCUUCAACCACCGAAAUAUUAACGAGAAUUUACAAUAUGAAUUUUCUGCGGUGUACGGUAGUGAGUCAACUCAGCAGCAGAUUUUCAAUGACUGCGUGAAACCACUGCUGCCAAAAGCCCUCUCUGGACAGAAUGUAUCCAUAUUUGCAUAUGGGCCGACAGGGGCAGGGAAGACGCACACAAUGCUGGGAACGCCUUUGAAUCCUGGAGUGAUCCCUCGCGUUAUCAAUGAGCUAUUUGCAGAGAUUGACAGGCUUGAGAACUCUGAAGAUAAUGAAUGGGAAUACUCAGUCUCUUUCUCAUACCUGGAAAUAUACCAGGAAAAGGUGCAAGACUUAUUAGAGCCGUCUGGGUCUGAUCUGCCAAUACGGGAAGACGCGGAGAAGAAUAUCUUGGUGCCAGGACUGGCCAAGAAACAGAUUCACAACUUUGAUGAAUUUAAGAACAUCUUUGGUCCUGCAUCAAACAACAGAACGGUGGCGGCCACCAAGCUGAACGAGCACUCUAGUCGUAGCCACAGCAUCGUCCAGCUCACCGUGGUGAAGAAGAAGCCAUGCCGGAUCCUGCACGGAAAGAUCUACCUGAUUGACCUGGCGGGGUCAGAGGACAACAGACGAACUGGGAACCAGGGCAUCAGGUUGAAGGAAAGUGGUGCCAUCAACAAAUCCUUAUUUUCCCUUGGGGAAGUGGUAGAUGCCAUCAACAACGGCUUGCCAAGGAUCCCCUACAGAAACAGCAAGCUCACACGGCUGUUACAGGAUUCAAUAGGAGGCACAUGUCACUCAGUGAUGAUCACCAACCUUGCCCCAGAGGAGCGCUACUACUAUGACACUUACUGCACCCUGAACUUUGCCACCAAGAGCAAGAAGGUCGUCAACAGCACCGUAGUCAGGGAGACUGUGGGCAUAGUAAAGCCAGUUCCACAAGUGAGAAAGCCCUCUCCAGAACGCAAAGAGGAAGGUCCGUCCCAGGCAAAACUGGCUAGGCUGGACAGUAGUACUGACUCCAUGGGCAGUGAUAUUGGAAGCUCCAUCAGCCCACUAAUCAAGCGUCAGGAGGCCUGGGAAGAGACUGUGAAUCGUCGUCUGCAGCAGAUGGAAAGCAACCUGAUCACUCAGAUGCAGGCAUUCAAACCACCCACGGCUUCAGGUUCCUGCGCACAGACACCUAAGACGAAGGCAAUCAACGAGUUGCGUCGUCAGCUGGAGGAAAACCAGGCCCAGUUUAGGGAGCUGGCCAGUCGACAUCUGAUCUCCCCACCACCCAAUGCCAGCAACAAGCCUUUUGCUGAUAUGACCAAUACUAAACCAUCAUCGACUGGCCCACAGUCCAAUCUAGGGGAGACAACUCAGACAGAACAAACAUCCAAGCCAGGGGAGACAACCAAGCCAGCUGCUGGUACCAAGAGAAAGAGGAAAAUGACAGAGGAGUUCUCUUGCAGUCCACUGUUUGCUCUGCCCCCUCGACUGAAGAAGAAGGGCUUCGUCUCAUCAGCAAGUGCUUCAUCUUUGCAUGAUGUCAAAGAAAAUGUUACAGACAAGAAGGGCAGCCACUCUAAGGAGGAUGAUCUUGUCAAUUCUGCCUCCCAGUUACAGAGAAAUGAAGAGUUCCUCUCCACUUUGAACACAUCGUCUGUAAAGGAUCUCCAAUCACUUCAAACUGUAGGAGCCAAGCGUGCCAAACUGAUCUUCGAGUGGCGAGAAACCUAUGGUGCAUUUACUCAGGCAUCAGACUUGUUGAAGAUUCCAGGCUUUACAGAGAAAUACCUGCAAAAACUGUUGCAUAGUAACCUGGUCACAGUUUAACAGCAAGCUGCACAGAAUACUCGUCUGGUCAUAAUGGUCACAGUUUAACAGCAAGGUGCACAGAAUACUUUUCUGGUCAUCAUGGUCACAACUUUCAAUGUGUUAAGAGACAAGUUUUAACACUCUGGGCACUAGAAAGCAACCUGUACAUAUCAUACCUGUAGAUGUUUAUGUGUAGACUGCCCAUAUAGGGAUGUGCUGCCAUUGUCUGCUCUUUAAGCUUCCAUAGACCUCAUUUGAGUUGGGCUCUGAGAUAACCAGGCUUAAUGCAUGUGCGUAAAGUGUCAUCCCAUGUUAGUCCCUAAUGAGGGACCUUGCUUUCUGCUUUUUAAUUAAAAGAAAGUCUUCUCUAAAUGAAAAUCCAGUCUAGGUGUAAAGUGUUGUGAGCUAAGGCUCAUCUGAGAAGCCAGUCUAGGUGUAAAGUGUUGUGAGCUAAGGCUCAUCUGAGAAGCCAGUCUAGGUGUAAAGUGUUGUGAGCUAAGGCUCAUCUGAGAAGCCAGUCUAGGUGUAAAGUGUUGUGAGCUAAGGCUCAUCUGAGAAGCCAGUCUAGGUGUAAAGUGUUGUGAGCUAAGGCUCAUCUGAGAAGCCAGUCUAGGUGUAAAGUGUUGUGAGCUAAGGCUCAUCUGAGAAGCCAGUCUAGGUGUAAAGUGUUGUGAGCUAAGGCUCAUCUGAGAAGCCAGUCUAGGUGUAAAGUGUUGUGAGCUAAGGCUCAUCUGAGAAGCCAGUCUAGGUGUAAAGUGUUGUGAGCUAAGGCUCAUCUGAGAAGACCCUUUACGCACAUUAAUAGUCUGAAAAAACUGGGCAUAAUGCAUGUGAGUAUAGUGUCCUCCCAGAUUAGCCUGUGCAGUACGCACAGGCUAAUCAGGGACGACACUUUCCGCCUAAAUUGGAUUUUUGCUUAGAAGAGACUUCAUUUAAAUGAAAAAUGUUGUGAAAGCGGAAAGUGUCCACACAGUCUAAUCUGAGACGACACUUUAUGCACAUGCAUUAUGCCCAGUUUUUUCAGAACGCGACUCAAUUAAGCCUGUUUGCUAGUGUGCGACUCAUAUUAUUUGUAUACUUUCUUUUUGUAUCUCAAUUUCCAAUAUGUGAUCAUUUCAGGGAUGUUAUUUCUCAUGUGGUUAGCUCAUUUCCUUCAGUAAUGUUGCCAAAAGGUUCACAAAUAAAAGAGUUCUGGUGAUCCCUGUAAUGGGGGGAUGGAGGGAUCCCUGUAAUGGGGGGAUGGGGUGA